AUGAUGAAUAAUGGCACGUUUACUCUAUUCGAUCGAUAUAAUGUUGGUUGUGAACUGGGCAAAGGUACUUACGGUAUUGUUCGAAAAGCAUUCGAUACUCGACAACAACAUCAUGUUGCUAUAAAAUGUGUUUGUCUCGGUGAUGAAGGUAUUCCAAGCACAGCUCUACGCGAAAUAAGUUUACUUCGUUCAUUAAAGCAUGCAAAUAUAAUACGUUUAUAUGAUAUAAAAGUGCAUCAGCCAACCGGUGAAUUAUUUCUUUUUUAUGAAUGUAUGGAAAUGGAUUUGUACGAAUAUAUGAAAUUAUAUCGAAAACCAUUAUCAGAUGACUUAUCAAAAAGUUAUCUUAGACAAAUGUUAUUAGGUAUUGAUCAUAUACAUUCAAAUUCUAUGCUACAUCGAGAUUUAAAACCUCAAAAUAUUCUUAUCGAUUGGAAUGGUUCUCUGAAAUUAGCUGAUUUUGGGCUUGGUAGACAUUUUCAAAUGCCAAUGAGAAUGUAUACACAUGAAGUUGUUACACUUUGGUAUCGUUCGCCCGAAAUUUUACUUGGUGCAAAAACUUAUACAACAAGUGUUGAUUUAUGGAGUAUUGGCACUAUAUUUGCUGAAAUAACACAUAAUCGAGCGUUAUUUGCGGGUGAAUGUGAAAUUGAUCAACUUUUUCGAAUAUUUCGAACUCUUGGUACGCCAGAUGAUGUAACAUGGCCUGGAUUUUCAUCAAUGCCUGAUCAUAAAAAGACUUUUCCUCAAUGGAAACCUCAAAAUAUGACUCAACUAUUAUUUAAUUUAUCACCUGAUGCUCUUGAACUUACAUUACAGAUGCUUGCUUAUGAUCCAGAUCAACGUAUAACAGCUAAAUCAGCUCUAGAAAGUAGCUAUUUUCAAUCGAUGCCAAAACAUCCUGUUAUUCCACCACAAGUAAAUCAAACGAAAAACACUGUAGUAACUGAAAAUACUACUUCAUCAAAUAAUUAA